CUUCCCACGGUGACCAGGAGCAUGCGCAACGCGGGUGAAGCCGCGGCGAGGUCUGUUGUUUUUUUUCUCUCUGUCUCUCCGGACGACGAGGGCGGGACGGAGCGGGACAGCGACUUUUAGGGGCAGCGGGGAUAAGGGAAAGGCCUGGCGGCUUCGUGAGCGUGCAGCGCAGCGCUCACACUCCGAAUAAGAAGCUGGAGGCCCCGUGGAGGGGGGCGGUUUGCGGCUGAAGGGUACGGCAGCCGCUGGGGAGUCUCCGGCCGGGCUUCCCGAGACCCGACGCCGCCGCCAUCUUUGCAGCCGGGCGAUGGGCAGCAGGGCGCAGGCGCGGUCAUCCUGGCCCACAGAGAGAAUGUUGUGAACAUGUGUCCCAGACAUUCUCUCUGCUUCUGCCUCUCCCUGUCUCCUGAGCCCAGGUCAGCUGGAAGGAAACCAGUGGGGUUUUAAGACCAUUAGACGCAGGAUUAGGCCAUUCAGCCCAUCAGGUCUUCUCCACCAGUCAUGGCUGACAAGUUUCUCAACCCCCAUUCUCCCUUGAUCCCCUUGACAAUCAAGAACCUCAUCUAACGUAAAUGACACUCAAUGACCUGGCCUCCACGGCCUUCUGUGGUAGUGAGUUCCAUCGAUUCACUGCCCUCUUGCUGGAGACAUUACUCCUUGUCCCUGCUCUAGAAUGUUUUCCCCUCACUCUAAGGCUGCGCCCUGGGGUCCUAGUCUCUCCUACCAAUGGAAACAUCUUCCCAACAUUCCCUCUGCCUAGGCCGUUCAGCAUUCUGAAAGUCUCAGUUAGAUUCCCCCCCUCAUCCUUCUAAAAGUCUGACAGCUUUCAGUCACUGUUCCUUUUGCCAAACCCACCAGUCUAGCAAAUCCAUUCAGCUUGCUUUCACAGCCUCCCAGUUUUCUGUUUCAAGAUUAAUUUCACAGACUUAGAUGGGAAGGAUUUGCAGUCAGGAAGCUCAAACCAGACUUCACAUUCGUUGCUCUUGGAGUUGCCCAAUUUGCAUCCCAAAUGCUGUCAGAUUUUGAACAUGUCUGGAAGGGGCACAGUUCACACUGGGGGGAAACCUGUGGAAGUGUGGGAACAGUAAGGAGCGAUUCAGAGUCUUGUAUGAGCUGGAAACUCAUUGGUGUAGGACACAGGGUGGGAGAGGCUUUUCACCUGCUUGAUUGUGGGAAAGGAUUCACUUCAUUAUUCACACUUCUCAAAGACCAGUGAGUUCACACUGGGAGAGAUUAUUCUGCCCCAAGAAAGGUUCAUUCAUUCACCUCACCUGCUGAGACACUAGUAGAUUCAUACAGGAGAGAAACCAUUCACCUGCCCACGUGCACUAAGGAAUUCACUUGAUCGUGUCUCCUGUAACAUCCGUGAAUUGGCAGUGCAGAGAGACCAUUCCCCUGUCCAAAGUGUGGGAAGGUAUUCACUCAGUCAGCCGCAUUGUUGAGACAUCUGCAGGUUGACUAUAAGGACAGACCUUUUAAAUGCACAGACUGUGGGAAAUGCUUUAUUGGUUCUCAUGAAGAUGUCCCAUUAAUGUGUUCACAGUGUAGAGAGACCGUUCGAGUACUCUCACUAUGGGGCUGGGUUCAGGGAGCUAUCUCACCUCACUAACCAGCAGCAAAUUCACACCGGGGAGAAGUCAUUCACUUGCUGUGAGCAUGGGAAAGGAUUUGUCCAAUCUGCUGACACAUCAGAGAGUCCAUUCAGGGCAGAGGCCGUACAAUGUUUUGUAUGUGAGAAGGCGUUCACACAGAUAUGCACUCUGCUGAGACACUGGCAAAUUCACAACUUACUGCUCUCAUGAGAUUCUGCUGUAAAUUGCAUCUAGAACAGAACCAUGUUCUCUAGGAUCUGAUUGAGCUGAUAUCAAUAAAGUCCAGCCUACUUAUAGUGGUUAAUAUUGUGGAUAAAAAUCACAUAUAUUAAGUUUAUUUUAAAUGCAGUGUGUUCAACUGUUUUAUCAUAUCAAAUUCAAGUUAGUUCCUUUUGAAAUAAAAAAAAGCUGGAACUAUUCUGUUCUGAAAGAGUCUUAUUGGACUCAAAAAGUUGUGUCCUCUCUCCAUGGAUGCUGCCAGACCUUCUGUGUUUCUCUGGCUACUCAGUUUUUAUUUGAUCUGCAGUACUUUGCUUUCAUUUGAGUAUAUACUUUCUUUUGAAGUGCUGUCCCUCUCCCCUGUUUCCUCCAACUUCACCUUCAACGGAUGUGAGAGAGGGAGGAUUUGUAGUUGGAAAUCUGAAACCAAACAUCAAAACUGUAUUUGAGAAACACGAUUUAUUGUAACCUACCACUGGAUUUUGAAUAUGAAAGGGAAGACCACUGUUCACGGUGCAGGGAAGCCAUACACGUGUUGCGUGUGUGGACGAGGCUUCAGCCGUUUACCUGGCCUGUCGAGACACGAGUGUAGUCACACUGGGGAGAAACAAUGGAAAUGUGGGGACUGUGGGAAGGGAUUCAGUUACCCAUCUGAACUGGAAUCUCAUCGACGUAAUCACACUGGAGAGAGGCCAUUCACCUGCUGUGAGUGUGGGAAGGGGUUUACUCAGUCAUCCAGCCUGCUGAAUCACCAGCGAGUUCACACUGAGGAGAGACCUUUUAAAUGCGCAGAUUGCGGGAAGUGCUGCCGAAGUUCCAGUGAUCUGAUGUCCCAUCAACGUGUUCACACUGAGGAGAGACCUUUUAAGUGCCCAGACUGUGGGAAGUGCUUUAAAAGUUCCGGGGAGCUGACACACCAUCAACGUGUCCACACAGAGGAGAGACCGUUUAAGUGCCCAAACUGCGAGAAGUGCUUCAAAAGUUCUGGGGCACUGGUGACCCAUCAACGCGUUCACACAGAGGAGAAGCCAUUCAGGUGCUCUCACUGUGGGACAGGGUUCAGGCGAACAUCUCAACUCAAUGAACACCAGCGAGUACACACUGGGGAAAAGCCAUUUCUGUGUACGGUGUGCGGGAGGAGAUUCACUCAGUCAUCCACCCUGCUGAGACACCAGCAAGCUCACACUGGGGAGAAACCAUUCACCUGCUCAGAGUGCAGGAAGAAAUUCAAUCGGGCAUCUCACCUGCUGAGACACCAGCAAGUCCAUAAUAUGGAGAAACCGUGGAAAUGCGAGGACUGUGGGAAAGGAUUCAAGGCCCCAUCUGAGCUUGAGAUUCAUCGACGGAGUCACACUGGAGAAAGGCCAUUCGCUUGCUCUGUGUGCGGGAAGGGAUUUAGUGAUUCAUCCAACUUACUGAUGCACCAGCGGGUUCACACUGGAGAAAGGCCAUUCACCUGCUCUGAGUGUGGAAAAGGAUUCAGUCGAUCAUCCAACCUGCAAGCACACCAGCGUGUUCACACAGGGGAGAGGCCAUUCACUUGCUCUACGUGUGGGAAGAGAUUUACUUUGUUAUCCCACCUACAGAUGCACCAGCGUGUUCACACAGGGGAAAGACCAUUCAUCUGUUCCAUGUGUGGGAAGGCAUUCACUAUUUUGUCCAAUCUGCAGAAACACCAUCGAGUUCACACCGGCGAGAGGCCUUUCACCUGUUCUGCCUGUGGAAAGGGAUUCGCUCAGUUAUCCCAUCUGCAAACACAUCAGCGAGUUCACACUGGAGAGAAGCCGUUCACGUGUGCUGAGUGUGGGAAAGGAUUCACGGAGCUGUCCAAACUCCAGAUACAUCAGAGAGUCCACUCUGGGGAGAGGCCAUUUGUCUGUUCUGAGUGUGGGAAGGGAUUCACUCUGUCCUCCACCCUGCUGACUCACCAGCGUGUUCACACCAACGAGAGGCCAUUCAUCUGCUGUGAUUGUGGAAAAGGCUUUAAGGAUUCGUCCAGCCUGCUGAUACACCAGCGUGUGCACACUGGGGCGAGGCCCUUCAUCUGCUCCACAUGUGGGAAGGGGUUCACUCAGUCAUCCAGCCUGCUGACACACCAGCGAGUUCACUCUGGGGAAAGGCCAUUCAUUUGCUCUGAGUGUGGAAAGGGUUUCACUCAGUCAUCGAACCUACGGGCGCACCAAAGAGUUCACAAGUGAUGACAGGUUGGACUGUGCUAUUAUGGCUGCUGUUCCUGCAGCUUAUAUCAGGCUUCGUUGGAAGAUUGCAAGAGGCCUCAGACAGAAGUUUGAGCAGAAGAACACAAUGGUGUAUUGAAACGACAAUUGCCAGAGUUCACGUCUGUGGACUGAGCAGAGGUAUCUCCCAGCCUGCAAUUGGUUCUGUCUCUGGUUUAUGGAAAGCUAUCCUCACUUUACAUCUGCACUCAAUCUGUCUUCCAUCUCCUCCACUGCAAAGAGCCUGACCUCUGAAAUCGAGAAUACAGAGGAGUUGUGUAAAGAAAACCACAUUUGAUGCCAGGCCUUUACCUGAAACCUCAGGACCAUAGAGGGGAAGAUGAACAAGUUUUCAGUGUUGACACCCACUGAGACCUAUUGGUAAGGAUGACAUGAAAGUCACGACUGUGUGGUAUCAGGUUGGGAUACCUGGGUGAGAGGGCAGAUGUGAUGUGUUACAUGUGAAGCCAUGAACAUGGGGUUGUUCAUGAUGAACUCGCACUGAAGAGCAGCUCCCAAACAUGCGCAGCUCCUUGAAAAACAGCUGAACAUGAAAUGGUUAAUGUGGUCUGGGGAACAAGACAACAUUGUAACAUCAUCAAGAUUGUAACGCGUGUUUCAGAGAGAAACUGACUUUAAAUGACCAGGAGAGAAUUCAGCACACGGGAAAUGGUCAGAAAGUGAGGUAGAUUAAUGUGCAAGGGAUGACAGUUUGCUUUGGGACAAUUAAGGCAAUUUUUUGGAGAGAAAAGAUUGAGUAAGAACUGUCCACAGGUUGGCCGUAGGUAAAGAGAAUGCUGGAGAAUCUUUUCUGUCUGUCCAUGACCCAUUGUUUGAAGCUUGUAUAUCUGUGUACAAUUAACUUUGACUUUCCUGCACUUCUUCAGGAAAUGGGGCCCUAGGUGGCCCAGAACAAAACGAGAAAAUAAGUGUGAGGUUGAGUGAGGGUCAGAGAGAACUCCUCCCCAUCAAAGUAUGAACUGUAAAAAUACAGAGGUACAUCUACUUUGGGUUUUCUUGCUAGUCAUUAUUAAGUACUUUAUCCUGUCUUUUUUAAUAUUCAUUUCUGAGAUGAGGGUGUCACUGGCUAGCCAGCAUUUAUUGCCCAUCCCUAAUUGAACAGAGUGCAGUUCAGAGUCAGCUACGUUGCUCUGGAUCUGGAGUUACAUAUAGGCCAGAGCAGGAAAGGAUGGCAGUUUCCUUCCUUAAUGGACAUUAGUGAACCAGAUGGGUUUCCUCUGACAAUCAGCAACGGAUUCAUGUUCAUCAUUAGGUUCUUAAUUCCAGGUAUUUUAUUGGAUUCAAGUUCCACCAUCUGCCAUGGUGGGAUUUCACCCUGGAUCCCGAGAAUGUUAUCUGGAUCUCUGGAUUAACAGUCUAGCGAUAAUGUCACUAGACCAUCACCUCCCCAUUACACUCUGGAUAAAGAUGUUAACAGGUGACAAUAUGGAAAUUGUGGCUUGGUCCUUCAUUCAUAGACUGUUUUAUCGAUCUUAAAGGCCACUUUGGCAAAGAUAUGAAUGUGGUGGGAAUAGAGGGAUAUGGUCCCCGGAAGUGUAGGGGGUUUUAGUUGUGAAGGGCAGCAUGUCGGCGCAGGCUUGGAGGGCCGAAGAGCCUGUUCCUGUACUGUAAUUCCUUUGUUCUUUGUGUAAAACGGUGGGGGGGGUGGUGGGGGCACACAUCAGCAGAAAUCCAGCGGAACUGAGAACAAAUCGUUUGCUCGACACGAACAGGGAGAUGAACAGCUCCCAGAAGUCAGGAAACAACAGGGUCUUGAAUCCUCAACUGUUGCAGGUGUCAAGGCCGCUGGGAUUUCACUGGUAGUGAUGGGAAUGCUGACUCCCUGCAUCUGGGAUUGGUGACGGAGACCAGUUGUCCGAGAGUUUGGCGUGACUUGGGCAGGUUCUGAUGGUUUACCGGCAGGUUUUCAAGUUGAUUUGUUCAAUUGAUCCUCAGCAACGAUUAUGGAUUCGAGUCUGUCUCCUUCUGUCCUUUGCAAAGUCAAGCAGUACAAGAAGGGAUUCCCUGAGCUCGAGAUUUGUCGAGGUUUUACACAUUGCAUUGACUGGCGCCAUAGCCUGUGGGGUAGAUAUGGAGAUUGUGCUUCCCCCUAGAGUGUAAAGAUGAUGCUGCUGGGUUUUGAGACGAUUGGUCAAGCAUCGGCAUGUGUCACGAUCUUAUUUACACUGAAUUAAGUAUCAACAGUGUCACCAACAAAGGUGACACUUCCAAUAUAUUUUCUAAUACCACUGUGUCAAAAAACAAGUAAAUCUCAUCUCCCACUCCUGGCUCCUUUGCCAAUGAUCUUUGAGAGACCCCAAUCUGUUAAAGAGUUGCCUACCCCUCUCACCCAGUUUGCCUAAAAGACACAAAUUUAACCAGGAAAACGUGAGAGCAUAUCUGGAGUACUGUGUCCAGUGUAGGUCACCUUAGUUAAGGUUGCUUGUAUGUAUAAGCCGUUCAGAGAAAGUUUGAGGCAGUUUGUCUUGUGGCUUACUACAGGUAAGACUUAUAUUCGCUGGAGUUUUUAAAAAUAAGAGUAAUAUGUAAAAUCCUGAGGGGUCUUUACACGUUGGUGGAUAUGCAGGGGAUAAUUUCUCUUCCAGGCGAAUUUAGAAUGAAGUUUAAAAAUCAGAAGUUGCCAACUUAUAACAGUUGAGGUGUUUUUUGUUUGCUCUGACGGUUACGAGUCUUUGGAGCUUUCUUCCCAAAAUAGUGAUGAAAACAAAGCCCUUUUCCAGCCGCACACUUAUAGACUGUGGCUUCCAGCAUCUGCUGUCCUUGUUGUCUCCAAGCCCUUAAAUAUGUAGUCCUUAACAAAGGUAAGUAGAUCCUGAGGAAGGGUCACUGGACCCAAAACAUUAACUGAUUUUCGUUUCUUCACCGAUACUACCAGACCUGCUGAGCUUUUCCAGCGACUUCUGUUUUUGUUGUAGGUAGGUUCUUAUUAGACAACGAGUUGAAAGGUUCUUAGGGGUAGGCGAGAAUGUGGAUUUGAGGUUACAAUCAGGUCACCCACAGACCCAUGAAAUGGCAGAGUGGGUUUUAGAAGCUAAUAGGUCUGUUCUGCUGCUUGUUUGUAUGUUGACAAGUUCCUUUUUUUUAAGUGUCAGCAAGUGUGGCUAUACUACAUACAGUCGCAAUUGUGAAUUAUUAAAAGGGAUUGAGCUCCAUUUGUACCAGUAACUUCUUCUUUCACCCCUUUUCAAAUGACUUGCACAAAUCUAUGCACUCAAUAAUGCUUUUUUAAAAUCAGAAUUAUUGUGACUUGGAAUUCAGAGCCUGAAAGAAGCUGGAAACAAAUUCAACUGGAACCUUCAAAAGGUCAGAUUUUAGGAAUGGAUAGAAAAUUGCUGGGUAAUGCUAUGAAUUGGUAAGCUCUUUCAAAGAAUCAGCAUAAAUAUUUUCUCUGUUGUUUAUCUUAUCUAUGUAUAGAUUUUUUUAUUCUUUUCUAUAAGAAAUCUUGAUGUUCUUUUGUUAAAAAAAAUUGGCAGCCAAGCAUUCAAAAAGGAGCUGGGGAGAGUAUAGGUCUAACGUGUACCCUUCAGAGGGAAAUGCAGGAGCAGUCUUGGAUGUCUAGGACAAUUCAGGACUGGAUAAAUAAGCAGAGUGGGUCUUUAGCAUGUCCAAAGGAAGCAUUUCAGCUGUGGAAUACAAGAAUUGCAGGAGGGACCUUAAGAACGCAAUUAGAAGAACAAAAUAGGGCAUGAGAAAGAUCUUGCGAACACAAUUAGGGAAAAUCCUAAGAUAUUUUAUAAAUACCUUAAAAAGAAGAGGUUGACCAGGGACCAACAAGGUAACCUGUGUGUGAAGCCACGGGAUAUUAGAAGAGUGUUGAAUGAAUACUUCUCUACAGCCUUCACUCUGGAAAAAGAAAACAUAGGUACGGAAUUCAGAAGAAAUAACUGUGAGGAACUUUCACAGUUUGACACAGGAAAUGGGAGGUGUUGAAAGCUCUGUCGGGCUCAAAAACAGACAAGUUCCCUGCCUUGCCCGAAUUGCAUCCAAGGCUGCUAUGGGAGGCGAGACAGGAAAUUGCAGGGGCUCUGACAUAAAUUUUUAAUUCCUCUCUAGCCAUGCUGGAAGAGCUAGAGGAUUGGAGGAUGUCUAACAUGGUUCACUUUUUAAAAGCGAUGGUAGAGAUGAACCAGGAAAUUACAGACCAAUGAGUCUCACGUUAGCAGUAGGGAAAUUAUUGGAUAAAAUUUUGAAGGAGCGAAUUAAUACCCACUUGAAAAGGCAUGGGUUCACUAGGGAUGGACAGUGUUGCCUUGUCAGAGGGACGUCAUGCCUAACAAAUUUGUUAGGAUUUUUUGAAAGUGUGAUUAAGUGUGUGGAUGAGGGAAGCUCUGUUGAUGUAGUUUUUGUGGACUUUAGCAAAGCUUUUGACAAGGUCCCACGUGCGACACUGAUUAAGAAGUUAAAAGCAUGUGGAAUUCAGGGAAACGUGGUGACAGGGAUCAGAAACUGGUUUAGUAAGAGAACACAAAGGACAGAGGUUGCAAUCUGUUUAAGUGACAGAAGACCUGUGUUCAGAGGUGUACCACAGGAUCAGAACUGGGUACCUUAAUGUUUGUUAUAAUGAUCAUAAAUGGUGUCGAGGACAAUGUGGGGGGAAUGUUAAGCACAUUUGCAGAUGACACCAAGAUUGGUAGAGUGGUUAAUAGUGAAAUUUGCUUAUAGAUUACAGCAGGAUAUAGAUGGGUUGUUCAAAUGGGCAGACCAGUGGUAGAUAAUAUUUAACCCUGACAAGUGCGCGGUGAUGCACUUUGGAAGAAGAAACAAGAUGAGGGAGUAUUUAAUGAAUGGCAGGACGCCAGGUAGCUUAGAAGAACAGAGGGAUCUUGGGGUAAUUAUUCACAGAUCCCCAAAUUCAGCAGAGGACGUGAGUAGGAUAGAUAAGAAGGCAUAUGGGACACUUAGAGUCAUAGACAUGUACAGCAUGAAAACAUACCCUUCAGUCUAACUCGUUCAUGCUGACCAGGUAUCCUAAAUUAACCUAGUCCCAGUUGCCAGUAUUUGGCCCAUAUCCCUCUAAAUCCUUCCUAUUCACGUAUUCAUCCAGGUGCCUUUUAAAUGUUGUAACUGUACUGGCCUCCACGACGUCCUCUGGGAGCUCAUUCCAUACAUUCAACACCUUCUGUGUGGAAAAAGUUGCCACUUGGGUCCCUUCUAAAUGUUUCCCCUUCUCCUUAAACCUAUGACCUCUAGCUUUGGACUCCACUACCCUGGGGGACACACAGGCUAUUCAUCCUAUCCAUACCCCUCGUGAUAUUUUAAACCUCUAUAAAGUAACCCCUCAACCUCCAACGCUCCAGGCAGCCUAUUCAGCCUCUCCCUAUAGCUCAAACACUCCAACUCUGGCAAUAUUCUAGUAAAUCUUUUCGUGCCCUUUCAAGUUUCAUAACAGCCCUCAUAUAGCGGGGAGAUAGUGUUCCAAAAGUGGCCUAACCAAAGUCCUGUAAAGCUGCGACAUGACAUCCCAACUCCUACACUUUCCAAUAAAGGCAAGCAUACUGCUUUCAUCAAUCAUAGCACAGAGAAUAUAAGAGCGAGGAGGUAGAUCAUAGAAUCCCAACAGUGUAGAAAUUGGCCAUUCUGCCCAUCGUGUCCACACCAAACCUCCUGAAAAACAUCCCACCCAGACUCACUAUCCCCAUAACACUGCAUUUCCCAUGGCUAACCCACCUAGCGUGCAUACGGUGGGUAAUUUAGCAUGGCUAAUCCGCCCUAACCUGCACAUCUUUGGACUGUGGGAGGAAACCAGAUCACCCAAAGGAAACCCACACAGAGAAGGGGAGAGUGUCUUCGGAGUUUGCACAGUCAACCAAGGCUGGAAUCGAACCUGUGUCUUCAGUGCUGUGAGGCAGUAGUGCUUAGCACUGAGCCACCAUGCCAUCCUUAGUAAUGUUAGAGUUGUGCAGAGUGGUGAUCAGACCACAAGUGAGUACUUUGUGCUAUUCUGGUCAUCCCAUUACAGAAAGGGUGUGAUGGUGCUGAAAUGGGUACUGAGGAGGUUCACGAAGAUGUUGCCUGGGAUGGAGAAAUUGAUCUAUAAGGAGAGGCUAGAUAGGCUUGGGUGGUUUUCUCUGGAGCAGAGGGGUUACCUGACUGAGGUGUAUAAGAUUAUGUGUGGCAUGGACAGAGUGAACAGAAAUCAGCUGUUCCUCUUGGUUGAGGGGUCAAUCGUGAGAGGGCAUAGUUUUAGAGUAAGGGGCAGGAAAUUCAGAGGGGAUUUUUGGAAAAAAAAUCCUUUUCAUUCAGCAAAUGGUGGGAAACUGGAUUGCACUGCUUGGGAAGUAGUGGAGGCUGGAAACCUUACAACCUUUAAAAAAAGUUUA